GCCACAUCAUCAGCGCCAGAGCAGCAGCAGAGUCCGUGCGUAAUGUGCGUAACAGGCAAAAUCGAAACUCAUGAGUUCACCUUCAGAUAAAUAGUUAGUGCCCCACUUUUAAGCCUUAGAAUAUUGAUUUAUUCCACUUGGACAAAAUGAACGGGUCUUUGCAUUCUUCUUCUAAAGCUGUGGACAUUAAACUAAAACGAGGUCCUUCAGGUUUGGGCUUCAAUAUCGUUGGGGGCGUGGAUCAACAGUACGUGGUGAAUGACACUGGCAUUUAUGUGUCUAAAAUAAAGGAAGAUGGAUCUGCGGCGGAGGACGGCAGGCUUCAGGAAGGAGAUAAAAUUCUGGCGAUAAAUGGUGUAAACCUUGAAAAUCUAAAGCAUAGAGAAGUUGUGGAUCUGUUUAGAACAGCAGGAGAUGAUGUAGAACUGAAAGUCCUCAAAAAGUCUUCUCGCCACAUGAAUGGACCUUUUGGAUCACAACCGGACCAUGACUCCUCCAUCUCGACUUUGGGACUAUUAGCUCUGUUAACGGCGGGUGUUGCUGUUGCUGCUUUUAUUUACUUUCGAGGCAGAGGUUACUUAACUGAAAGGAAGUGGAAAAAACGAUGACAUUCCCGCUGCAGAGCUGAGCCGCGCUAAGCUAUUCUGGCAGCAGUUUAUAUUUAUGUAAAAAAGGAAAUCAACUAUUGUUUUAUAAUAGGCAAACUGAGCUAAAGCCAUACUUAUUUUGAAUAUUUAGAGAAAUUAUGGCUGCAAAUCUUGAUUGUUUGACUAACAAAAAUCAACUCUUGCUGGAGAGCUAAACCAAGGGUCCCAAACUUUUUUUAGUCAAUGGGCCAAAAUGAAUAUGUAUUAGCAGAUCGAGAGUAAUACCUAAUGUUUUUCAUGUUAAUUUUGUCAAAUUUUUGGUCAGUUAUUGUACUUUUUGGGGGGAUAAACUGUUAUGAGCUCCUUUUCAGUGCAAAAUUGAAUCAAAAUAGAGUUUAACUCUGAUUUGACAAACCAAAGAAUAAAAUGCAUGACCAGUUGAAUAUGCAUUGGCAAUUAUAUUAUAAACUUUGCUGAAAUUAUUAAAGAAGGAUUUAUAUUUUUGCCUGAGUGAGAACAAACCAUUGCACUUUGAAUACAUCACUGGGAAUGAUUUGAUUUUGCACUGUAGAGAAACAGCAGUACUGUUCGACCCAUAACAGAAACUAUUUACUAAGUAUUUGGAGUGCCUUCUAGCUUUCUUGACAAAAUGGCAGAUGUUGUAAGUUAGCUUCUUGCUUCUCCAGAAAUGAAAAUCAAAUAAUGUCAUAAACACUAAAAGCGUGUGUGGGAUUCCAGUUAAAGGUGUCACUGUAUAACUUUUAUGAUGAUUGUUUUGCCUGAAAUGUUUCACAAUAUGGUAUUAAACUUGUUUAUUUUGCA